UCAUUCGCGUAGCUGACGCUGUACGGUGCACACGUGUGUAUAAGUAAAAGUGAAGCGACACAGUUGGAGCGGAUGCGAGCGCGGUAGCGUUCGCGUUCCAGGAUGGAGAGUGCGGCACACGCGGCAGUGCCGCUGCGUGUGGGCAAGAAGAUGCGAAAGAGGAGGGAACUGGAUGCAUUGGUUGGUGGCGGGGUGGCUAGAGGGGGUAGACUGCUGUCGGCUUCUAGUGACGAGGGAGAGCCGUGGGGUAGAAGGACCACUCGUCGGCGACGUACGCGCCCCUUCGUGAGGCUGGCUGCUGGGCUGGCGUUGUGCGUGUGCGUUGUGUCAGCCGCUACCGUCCUCUGGCUAUUCGUUGAUGUCAGGCGACAGAUCGGAUCCCUUCGUGUCGAAAUGGACAAAGUGAUGACCAGCAGCGAAUCCAUAGGUGACACGUUGCAAUUGUACCAUUCAAAGGCGAAGGACCUGCAGGCGAAUGCGAGCAAUCUCAACGCGAGGUUGACAAAGUUGGAGCACGAACACCAAGAGUUGGUGAAGAAAGUUGGCCAAGCGACGGGAGACUUGGCCCAAGUGUCGGCGCAGCUGGCGGCCGAGCCAAUGUUGGCGGAUACGCCGAAACGGCUGGCUGAAUUGCAACGUACUGUUGCUUACUUCGGUUCACAGAUCAACGGAUUUGACGAUGCGUUGAAUUCGGCUCGCAAGCAAGCCGCCACUGCAGCUUCUGGUGUGGAGGAAGUGAAGAAUCUUCUACACGCAUUAGAAGCGAAGACAAAUGAGACCAUCGCCAAUAUAUCCGCCAACGGCAAGAUGGACGGCGAGCUCAAAGAACAGCUGGGUGCAUUAAAUAGUACACUCACACAACAGAUGCAACUGUUGCAGACUAGAUUAGAGGAGGUUAAUAAGUUAACGAGUACGGUGGCACCAAGCACAACUACAGCGGCGCCAUCGAGCAGCACCAGUUCUUCAACGUCCACCACCACAACAACCACCACCACUCGACCACCAGGACCACCAUCAAAGCCGUUUGUCGUACAAUGAGGGAACAAUCAAACAUCUCUGAUAUAUACUCAUUACACCAAGCCAACAGGAGAAUGGAUUGCUCAGAGAAGAUAUUUCGUCCACACUACAAAUACAGUAGGCAUAGAAUGGGUCAUAGAAAUGAUAUACCCUCCAAUAAAAUUGCUGUUGUUAAGGUAAUAAGAAUGUUGAUAUUUUUAAAGGCGAAGGGAUCUGUCGGGGGGUAGAUGAUGACGUGAAUCGCGACGAUUCAGCCAUAUUGUAGUCUAAAUUGGGUAGUCUUAUAGUUUCGGCGGUGCCGCCACUGUUGGCCGAAAAUGACGACGAAAUAUCUAGACUUUGCACGAGAAUAUCUUUGUCGGUUUAUUUUGCAUUUCAUAUCAUCGUUGUGUAUUAAAAUUAAAUUUGUACUUUUCUGUGUAUCGUGUAAAUUAUGAAUGCGUAUAUAAGCAAAUUUGAGUACUAUUACUAUUUUUAUAUCGUUUUUAAUAUAUUUAUCUGAUUAAUGGAUAUAUUUUAUAUCUAUGUGGUUACCAAAUACUUAAUUAAAGAAUCAAGGUCUCAGUAAAGUAUACAUAGGUCUAAAUAUAUACCUAUUUGGAAUCCUUUCUAAAAAUUUUAAUAAUUUAAUAAUAAUGUAUAAAUAUUUUCUCUUUGCAUAAGUAUUAUAAUAAAUUAUUUCGUUGUUAUUUUCGGUCGCAGUAGUAUAAUUAUGCCUUAAUAAUUUAAUUUGAUUUAAAUAACUAUUAUUUAGUUUAGUAUAGUUACUGUAUUAUAUUUGGAGAAAUGGAGGAGGUGGAUACAAAAAAAUAAUUUAGGUUUUAAAUUGAGCUGGAGGUUUGUUAGUGAGAAACAGAUACAGUAUGAUACCAAUGUAAAUAAAUUAUUUAAUAAUUUUUAUAGUUUAAAAUCGAGAGUAGAGAAUAUGUGACCGCACUGAGUGUUUGAAUUUGUCAAUAAAUAAGAGUGGAGUUUUAUUACUUGUAACAAAUUAUUGUUAAUAGAUCAAUUAUUAUUACAC